AUGGGUGGCAAAAAGAAAAAAUCUUUGGCAAACAAAUUAUCAAAAAUGUCCGACGAAGAACGUGCGAGAUAUUUGCAACACAGAGCUGAAGUUGAAGAAGAAGCUAAGAAAAGAAAGGAACAACUUAUAGCAACUUUUAUGAAGAAAAAAAUCAAAAAAGAAGAAGCCUUUUCUCGCCUCAAUAUGGCCAAGAUAAAUCAAAACUGGCAUCAAAUUUUACGAAAAAUCAAAGUGAAACAGAUGAAAGACGAAGUGGAACAUUUGAAACGUUGGAUUGAAAGAGUGUUGGAGUAUAAAAACCAAAAUCAAAAUGAUUACAUCGAUAAUCUCCAGUCGCAAUAUCAACAAGAAUUGAACGAGCUAUUGGACCAAGCUAAGAGAGAAGAAAAUUCCAUUGCAGAAAAAUCAAACUCUGAAAUCGACUAUUUAAAAACAGUGUCUUAUGGACAAGAAAAACAAGCUCUAAAAGAGCUCAGGUCAAGCUGGGAACUUUAUAGCAAACAACUUUACGAAAUUGAAUAUAACGCACUUGAUUGCGGCAUAUCUGGUCUAAACAAUGAGCAAUUUAAAAAGGUAGUUACUGAAUGCGUCAAAGAUAACAAGACGUUAAAUAGAAUUUGGGAACUGACUUUUAGCAUGUCAAAUGAAGAUGAUGGGCCUGCUUCUUCUUCUGAAGAAGAAGAAGUACCUGUUACUAAAGGCAUUGUCAAUAAUAUGAGCGACAAUAAGAAAAUGAAAUCCAUGAUGAGGAUGGGACACAGAUUUAAAAGAUCAAGGAGUAGCAAAAUGUAUAACAAUGAUGCUUCAAUUCAAAGGAAAUAUGCAAUCAGUACCAGUACAACUGAAAAACCAAUAAUAGCAACAAUGUCAGGAAAAUCUGAAGAAAAUGAUAAUAAUGUUGCUAAUUCCGAUGAUAUUUGUAUUUUGCAAUGUAUUUUUGAAAAACUAGAUAUGACAGAUUCUAACGGACUUCCUGACCACAAGAAAUUUGCUGCUGCACUAGUUGAAACAGCUUCUGGAAGAGAAGUUCGUGACUUCUUGCAAGAAUCUACUGACGAGUGUUUUCAACAAAUGGAACAGGAAGAAUCCAAGAACAGUUGCGAACACUCAUCCAAACUGGUUAUGUGUUUGGCAGACAUGGGCAAAUCGAAUUGUGAAGAUUGGCCAGCAGGAAAUUUACCAUUUUGAUUUGUUUUAUAAUGAUACCUUUAUUGAAAUUUGAAGAAAUAGUUUGUUGUUUAAGAGUAAUAUAGUUUUGUUGGCAUUAAAAAAUA